AUGGUGCUCGAUAACUUCAUUUACAAUGCCGAGCACCGCGUGGUCGUGUGCCGCCGCUGUGCAACGUGCCUCGUUCCGCGCGAGCAAAGUUGGCUAAAACAUCUGCGCGCGAAGCCACACGAGCUCAAAGGCAGGUAUCUUCAGCUCACUGUCGAGCAUCUGGCCACCUACUCGCUUCGCUCUUUUGAUGAGUUGCGAGCGCAGGCCAAGGACACCAGCCGCCAAUCGCACCCAUGCCAACCUAUUGCCGGCCUCGCCCUAUACGACGGCUUCAUCUGCCACUGUGCUCCCGGCGAAUGCACUUACAAGACUCGUCGCAUCAAAUUGAUGCGCGAUCACCUCGCAGUUCACGGCAAGAAGGGCAAGCAGCACUCUGACACCACUCCCCUCUGGCGCGCCUGCCAGCUUCAGACUUAUUUUACCGCCAAGGGCAUGAUUGAUUACUUCGAAGUCGAGGACGUGGCGCCGACGAUGUCUCCGCAGACAGCACCGCUCAACUCCCCCUCCUCGUCUUUUUCCGAUGAUACAACGCCGACAAUCUCUCAACAGGCAGCACCGCUUGGCACAUCCUCCUCGUCUUUGUCUCCAUCCGCAUCCACUAUUGCAGUUCAGCAGCAGGUGCGGUCGCAUUUUCACCGCGUCAUCAAAGAACGCAUAUGCCACCGUUCUCAGCUGUCAUGCGCGGUCCGAAUUCCACUUCGCUCCAAGACACACCCAGACUGCGACCCCUGGUUGGUGAUCACCGGCUUCUCAACCCAUCUCGACGGCUUGUACGACGCUGAGAUUCAAUCUUCGUAUGCGCUCCAUGCCAGAUCCGACGAGAACGUCGUUUCUAACGGCUCUUCAGAGAACUUCAACGACAGUGAACUCCGGCGCAUCCUAAUUGCUGCUGAGCAUACGCUACGAGACGCCUAUCGGCUGUGCAGCGACAGUUCCCCCCACCGCAAAAUGACACAACUGCAUGCAUUGACGCUCAAUCAUUUUCGCUUGGGCGAUGCAAGGGACAUCGGCGCUACCAGAGGCGCUCUCUUUCGCGCCAGCAAGCACAGCAACUCGCUGGUUGCCUGCUUUCGUCUGACUAAGCAGCUACUCGCCUACUAUUACCGCGUCGUCUACCUCUCCGAUGGCCACUUUACCAACAACACCGAGGGCCAUGCCCUUCCCCAUGACGUGAUCAAGCCCACUUUAGAGCAAUCGCAGGCUAUGGACGCCAUCAUAACGGUGCUACGCCGCCAAGAUGCGCUCCAAGAUGCGACUUCGAGCGCAAGCGGCGCUGACAUGGACAUCAACGACGUCGCCGCUGCCACUGCUGAGCUCGACGACCAACUUAAGAAGGCCAUUCGCGACCUCCUUGUAUCGCUCAUCUGCUGUUGGAUUGUAAGCAAGCCAUUCCAGUCUCCCUUACUCAGCUUCUGUGCUAUGCGCAGUCGAACACUGUUACAGCACGACGAUGACGCACUCUAUGCUCGUGGCCGGUGCAAGUGGCGCGAGCCAGGUAAUUGCAGCAGGGAUCUGUCUGCGCUAAUUUGGAUGUUCCAGUUGAUGCUGUUUGAUGCGGUCUGCUCCACGUGUGGCGACGACGAGUCGCAGAUCUUGCCUCGUCUCGAGCUCAAGUGCCGCACUUACUGCCACACCAUGGCUCAGUCUCCGUUUGGCCAGAUGCUGCAGUGGAGAUCGUGUCUGUUUGCAGCGUCCAUGAACACUAUUACCGAGCACCAGGCACGUUGGUCCAUCGACGGCUUCACGGUCGACUACAAAGGCACCAAGCUGCACAUGAACCACAUUGCGCAGCUGGUGGUCAAUGAGUACAAAGUUGCCUCCCGGAUUCUCUACGACGAUCUCCUUCUCGGCAUCAUGGCUGACACGCCACGUAUCGAGCCAUGGCAGAUCGAAGACGAUCUCGACCAAGACGAACAGGAUGCUUCAUGGCUCACCGAUGCGCGCAAUGCAGAGCUGCUAGCAGACACGCAGCUCGCCAUCUGGAACAAGAUCGAGGCGAGUCCAGACCUAGAGCGAACCUUUGUUCGACAGCUCGAUCCCGGCAGCCCGGACGACUUUCUCGAGAGAUUGCUGGUCAUGAUCUACAUUUCCUCCGGUCAACCGCUGCGAUCCACAGAGCUACUGUCCGUGAUUGUAUCUAACACGGAUGUCCAACGUCGAUCCGUGCUUGUCUGGGAGAAGAGCGUUCUCUUUCGUGUCCGCUACCACAAUAGCCUCGAGUUGACCGGCGCAGCAAAGGAUAACCUCCGAUUCCUGCCUUCCGAGAUCGGUUCUCUUUUUCUCACCUUUCUUGCCUUUGUUCAACCUUUGCGAGAGGUGUUUCUUCGCCAGAACCAGCCCGAGGCGCGUCUCUCGCCGUAUCUCUGGUCCAAAAUGGAUGGCUCCGUGUGGGAAGGUGGCAGCGUAUCGGCCUGCCUUUCGCGUGCGUGUGCGCGAGCAGCUGUGCCCACGUUCAACGUUUCCUGGUGGCGUCAAGUCGCCGCUUCCAUCACCAAAGAGAAGUUCAACCAGCAGCAGCGGGCGCACUUCGACCUGGAUGACGUCGACGCUUGCGAGGAGAUUCAAGACGAGGAGGACCUUGCCUACCUGGCCGGCGUGAGCAAUUACAGCUCCCGCACGUCCAACUAUGCCUAUGCUGGUAGUACCAACUUGAACGCUUCCAGCUUGCUCCAUCGCGCCUAUCACGCUUCGGACUGCUGGCGCACACUGUUCAACAUUGAUGCAAAGCUGCUCGCCGAGCGACUGGGUCCAGGCUCCUGUGCCGCAGCUCAGCGGGUCGCUCCGAAAGAACGGACGGCAGAUUUGUCUUUGACAGCUUGUCUGAGUUAUGCGCAUGCCAAGCUUGCUUGCGAGCAUCUACUCGAGAAGCUCGAUGAGCAUCUGAAAGCGUCAGGAUCCAGCUACCUAGACAGUGUCGUCGUCCGUAUCGGUCAGCUCAGCGGACCCGAGUGUAUGGGCGAGUGGACCACGGCCGAACACAUGGCGAUGAUAGCACAGUCGUCCAACACGAUUCGAGCGCUUCCAAAGCUCACAGGGGAAGCGUCAUGGAUACGAGUUGAUCGAGCAGCAAAGGCCAUGGUCGAGCUAGCCAACGUCAGUCAUGGAAGUCGCGAAUCCAGCAAUGCAACAUCGACCCCGAGUACAACCUCCGACAUCCUCCACUUGGAGAAUGGAGCUCGACGAUCGUGGGCUGACAUUCUCAAGAUUUUUGCUCGGAAUAUGGAUCUCAGCAGCACCGACACACUCGAGUGGGAAGCAUGGCUCGCCUCAGUGCAAAAGCUCGGCAAUCAGAUCGACGACAGUGUUCCGCAGACGCCAGUAGACGCAAAUCCGUGCAUCAAGAUCCUUGAUUUCUUGCAACAAGACUUCUUGCGGCUAGGUACUGGCGGGGUGGUGCUCGAUCUGGCCAAAGCCAGGUCCUAUUCACGCACUCUCAGGAACUCCCAAGCAAUCAGUGAUGAGCUCAUUCAGCUCUCUCGAUGGUUGGAAAGGACAGGGCUGGCUUCGAUCUCCGAUGCGCCGGACUAG